AAACAUGACAAAUCUAGUACCCAACAUAUGGGAAAAGACGGAAUCAGUACCUCCGUUAGGUUCCGUCAGUCCCAACUAAUGGACGUCCACGUCAUCGCCACGUAACUACGAUAUAAUGGCGACAUCUGUCACCUGGUUCCACAUAAGCUAAUAGGAUUCAUCUUCCUCCUUCAAACCCGAGCUUCCUUCCCCGUUUACCCCUAAAUCGCACGAACCCUAGACCACGAGCUCCACAAUUCGUUCUCUUGCUACUCGAACUGAGCUUGGAUCAGUAUCACUCGUAGGCACGGUAACGUCGAGCUCCCUUUCCUUCUGCUACCUUCGUUCUUCUUUUUCUUCAACUCAGAGCUACAUACCUAGUUAUCUCCAAAUGACCUGAACCCUAGAAUCGAGCUUAAAUCGAUUGUCCCCAGAUCGAGCUUCAAUCUGGUUUGCAGACGCACGCGUAAGGGAUAUCGAACUGUCUUCCAUCCGUCGACCUUGAGAACUCGUACUGGAAAGCGCAGAGAAGAAAAUGUCAUCAAGUCGAUUACGGGAAUCCAAAGGAAAGGAAUCUUCUCUCGACUUGGAUAAGGAUCUAAUGAAGUCAUCAUCUGCUUUUGGGUCAUCUUCAGUGGACUGUACUCAAACGUCCUGGGUUUGUUACUGCUCGUUACCUGCACCAUUGAAGACAUCCUGGACUCCAAAAAACCCUGAAAGGAGAUUUUGGGGUUGUACUACCUAUGAUUCUAACAGAAAAGCAGCAUGUCGAUUUUUCAAAUGGAUGGACGAAUCAAUUUGUGAAAAGGGUAUGAAAGUUAUUCCUACGCUGUUGGAUAGGGUGAAAGAGCUGGAGAAUGAAAAUUGUCAAUAUUUGACAAUGGUGAAAGACCUUGAGACUGAAUGUGAUAGCUACAUUGCAAGGGUAAAUCAGCUAGAGAAGGGGGAUGAUAAACAAUUGGAAAUGCUUACCUACUUAGAAAAGGAGAAGGAUGUGUAUAGGGCAAGAGAGAAAUUUCUCAUGUUUGGUUUAUUGUUGUCAUGGUUGAUGAUAAUAAUGUUGAUUGGCAUUAGUGCACUAAGUAAAUGAGUGUUUUGUAAUGUAUGUAUUUAUGCAAGUGAUUAGUUAUAGACUCUUGUGUUAUUGCACUAAUUAACUAAAUGUUUUGUCAAUACUGUUUCAACUUAAUUUGACCAAAUUAUUGACAUUCUAAAUAUUGACCAUAAUUUGAGCAUACCAUGUAUAUGUAAUCGAAGAAGACCAAUUUGGACUAUUUGGAAUGUACACUGCAUAUUGGUCUACUUUGGACCAUACUCAAACAAUGCAUAUUGGUUUAAUUUGAACCACACCCAAAUAUGCCAUAAAUUCGAAUUAAACAAGUCCUUCCACAUUGUCCAUUAACCCAAUCCGGACCAUAUCAUGAGCAUUCCAACUAAACAAGUACUUUCACAAUCUAGACCACAUCAUGUACAUUCCAACUAAAACAUCCAAAUAUGCCAUAAAUUCCAAAUAAACAAAUCAGUCACAAACUUCCAUUAACCCACAUUGUCACAAAAAAACACAAAAACCGUAAUUCCUAUAUGCCACAUUUACAAAAAACAUGCCACAUUGUCAAUACAAUUAUGCCACAAACUUCCAUUAACCUACAUCCAAGAGUGCUCAAAAAAAUUACAUCUCCAUGUCACAUUCCAACUACAUUCCCUAUUGUGUUGCCCUGAAUUGUGUUGACUGUGAAUGAAGUUGGUGUUGCCCCACUGGCUGUGAUGGCUUAGCCUGCAUCAACAUAGGCAAUAUAAUUAACAUUAUGCACACAAAUUCUUACUACACAAGAACCAAAACUGAUGAACUCACCAUUGUUUAUA